CUCUAGCUUCUAACUGUCACUGCAGACAAAGCUCACUCUUCAGCCUGAUGUCAAAAGCAAAAGUGCAGGAGUGCUCUGGACAGAUGACGCUCACCUAACCAGGUAAGAACGGAGAUUCAUCCCAACCAGGAGACAGAUAAGAGUGGCCAUCAGGAGCAAGGGCUCUGCAAUGGGACUCUCUGCAUGCCCUUCCUAGACCUGUUGGCUCUGUGACCUUGGUCAGAUCGCAUGCCUGUGAUGUGGCUAUUUUUAACAACAGCUUGUUUGAUACCUGGAACCUUAAGCGCUGGUGGAUUCUUGGAUUUUGAAAAUAAAAUUAAUCCAGAAGUGUGGAUGAAUGCUAGUGAAAUAAUCAUGUACAAUGGUUACCCCAGUGAAGAGUAUGACAUCACUACCGCUGACGGGUACAUUCUUGGCAUCAACCGGAUUCCCCAUGGGAGAGCACAGACCGGGCAGACAGGUCCCCGGCCUGUUGUAUAUAUGCAGCAUGCCUUGUUUGCAGACAAUGCCUACUGGCUUGAGAAUUUCGCCAAUGGAAGCCUCGGGUUCCUUCUAGCAGAUGCAGGUUUUGAUGUCUGGAUGGGAAACAGUCGGGGGAACACUUGGUCAAGGAGACAUAAAACUCUCUCAGCGAACGAAGAGAAAUUCUGGGCUUUUAGCUUUGAUGAAAUGGCCAAGUACGACCUCCCAGGGAUAAUAGAUUUCAUUGUGAAUAAAACAGGACAGGAGAAGUUGUACUUCAUUGGACAUUCACUCGGCACUACAAUAGGGUUUGUAGCCUUUUCCACUAUACCUGAACUGGCACAAAGAAUCAAAAUGAAUUUUGCCUUGGGUCCUGUGAUCUCGUUCAAAUAUCCCACAAGCAUUUUUACCAGUUUUUUUCUACUUCCAAAAUCCAUAAUCAAGCUUAUAUUUGGUACCAAAGGUUUCUUUUUAGAAGAUAAGAAGGCAAAGAAGUCUUAUAUCACAGUCUGCAACAAAAAGCUACUCCGACCAAUGUGUAGUGAAUUUAUGUCCCUGUGGGCUGGAUUCAACAAAAAAAAUAUGAAUAUGAGUCGACUGGAUGUGUACAUGUCACAUGCUCCCACCGGAUCAUCUAUCCAGAACAUUCUGCAUAUAAAACAGCUUUACCGAUCUGAUGAAUUCAGAGCUUACGACUGGGGAAGUGAAGCUGAAAACAUGAAUCGCUACAACCAGAGUCGCCCUCCCUUGUAUGACCUGACCACCAUGAAGGUACCCACUGCCAUUUGGGCUGGUGGACAUGAUGUGCUCGUAACUCCUCAAGAUGUAGCCAGGAUACUUCCCCAGAUUACGAAUCUACGCUACUUCAAGCAAUUUCCAGAUUGGAACCAUUUUGAUUUUGUCUGGGGCCUUGAUGCCCCUCAAAGACUAUACAGUAAAAUCAUAGGUUUGAUGAAAGAAUAUCUCUAAAUACAGUCCAUCAGUUUUUCAGUCAAAAUUUGCUUCCAGGCCUAUGAGAGGCUUAGGAGAACCCCUGGGGAAUGGCGAGCUUUCCUCCAGCGUUCACUUGCUGUUGCGAAAGUGGUCCUGGGACUCAAUGCUCCACCCCAGAGAGAUUUGACUUGUACUACUCUUUUCUCAAAGGAAAGUCUAAGUCUGAAAGGUCAGGGAGUUAGCCUCCGGACGAAGAGCAGGGGCAGGCUUUCUUUCCAACCCAAGAUGAUCUAGUGAGCAUUUCUCUACUAACUGCUUAAUUGAGAAAAUUGUUAAGAAAUGACUUUCUCAAAAAGCUGAGGAUGUAGCUCUGGUAGGUAGCAUGGGCAAAGCCAUGGGUUUGAACUUAAUAUAUUACACUCUCUUGUUUUGUUCAACUAUAAGCAUGGGAAAGUGGCCUAAAGAGAAAGGCUCUGUCAAGGCAGUCAUUUGGACACACAUUGUGCGACUCUGACUACCUGAAUUCACAAUUUGACCAGAAGGUAUUAUAAAUAAGGCACGAAAGAAAUCUUAGCUCCCAUGAACAAACAGAAAAUAAAAUAGUAGUAUGGAAUACAAUCGAAA